AUGAGUUCCGGGGAGACGGCUGGCGAAUUGUGCUCACUUUUGGGCCUGCCCAUGGAUACAGUCAACGGGCUGCCCUUGGCCGUUCAGAAUGCGAUCGCCUCCAAAUUUACCAGUGAGCGGCAGACGGUCCGCACGGUGGAGGGUCGCAUGGAAUUGAUUGUGGAGGAGAACCGUCUUUUGAAAUCCAGCAACUUGGACAUGUCCAGGAUUGUUACUGAAAGGGCUGAAGAAAUUGGCCGGCUACGAGAUGAGGUCUCUACAGUCACAGGUCAAACCUCUGCUCUUAGGGCGGAAUUGGAAAACUUGCAAAACGAUUUGGAGCUGCUGAAAGAUAAAGACCUGGCGCUGCAGUCUGAAAGAGACUCCACGGUAGCUUUGCUAGAUGGCCUGAAGUUGGAGAACAGUGCGUUGCGCGCAGAGAUAGAACAGGCGAAAGAACUCGCCAGCAUUCGCCAGCAUGAUUACGAGGCAGACCUAGACUCCAAGACUGGGGCAUUAGUCUCGAAGGAGGAGGAACUUCGGCUUGCAAAAUCUGAGAGGGCAUCCCUUAUAUCGCAGACAGAGCGGCUGUCGCAGGAAUUACUUCAAAGGGACGCCGAUAUCAGGCAACUGGUUGACGCAGACAAACUGAGGCAGGAUGAAUACACGGACGAAAUCAAUUUGCAAAAACAUCGUGCAAGACUGCUACAAGAACAAGUGGCAUCUCUGGAGAAGGAGGCUAAGCUGGUCGGCCACGAAACUGAACCCGAGUAUGAAAUACCGCCCCCGGGAGAAGAGGUGGCACUACAGCAACGUUCUCACAGCAUAUCAAUGGAUUCUUUAUUGACGGGUAAUGACGAAACUUCUCACAGUAUGUCAGAACUCAAUAACAACAUCUCCAUAUUGAGCAAUAGAUUGAAAAGAGAAACGUUAUCAAAACAGAAACUUGAAAAGCAGGUCCACAAAUUUGUCACUGAACUCGAACAAACUGCACCUAUAAUCAAGUCCUUUAAACAGAAGAGUGAACAAUCCGAUGCUCAGAUACAUAAGUUGCAACUGCAUUUGGAACAUGUUACAAAGGACAAAGAAACCAUUUUUCAGGAGGUGGAACAGUACAAAAAACAGUUGGAACAGAUAUCCGGACAGGACAAAAUUUUAAGGAGGGAACGGUUCGAUCUGGCUCGCCAGUUGCAAUACUUACUCCUGAACGGCUUCGUCAAGGACUCUGAUGAUCCUUUGACAUCCUCGGAGUUUUCGUAUAUUAAGGAAAUAUUGAACACUGAUCCAGAGGAGGGAAACACAUCUUCAACAGACUCUCAACUGAUUAUCUCCAAAAGAAUGUUGAAGUUCAAAAGCAUUGUAGAACUACAACAACAAAACAUCAACUUACUUUCUGCUGUAAGAACAUUGUCAGACAGGGCAGAAACCCUAGAAAGAAAACUGGAAAGCGGAGAUAGCAUAGAAGCUAUUAACGAGGCCAAACAAACUCUGCUAGAUUUACAACAAUACAAUUCAUCCCUUGAGGCAAAAGUGGAAUCCCUAACGAAUAAACUAAAAGCCAAUGAGCAUUUUACUUCAAUUGGUGACGGCGAGUUUGGCAACUCCGAUCUUUCUGACGGAAACAACAUACAAGCAUUGAAGAACAAAUACGAUUCACUAAUGGCAGAAAGUUCCGAAACCAUAGGCCAUCUAUACAGCCAAAUCAACAAUUUACAACAGUCUAAGAGUGACCUCGCUAAAGAAUGCGAAAGUUUGAUAAACUCUAAACAUCUUAUUGAGGACCGAUUGAAAAUUACACAAGAUAUGCUUGAUUUAUCUAAGAAUGAGAAUUCAACAUUGAGGAACAGAAUAAAAAAUACCAGUCAAGCUUUAAAGGAACGUGAAGUCGAAACAUCUCAAACAAUCAAGAAGUAUUUGGACUGUGUAGCAAAACUCGAUGUCAUACAGCGACAACUGGAGAAUACCCUAGUCGAGAAAGACAUAUUGCAAAAUGCGCAAUCAUCGAUAGAAAACAAGUUAAAUCAGGCAUUAAAAGAAAGAAAUAACUUCCAAGGACUAAUUCCUCAACUACGGGCCUUACAGAAGAAUCAAGACGAACAACUGAAAGAUAUCCAGGUUUCUUUACAAAACAAAAUUGACGAUCUGGAACUAGAAAACACUGAGUUAAGGAAUAAAAUAGACACAAAAGAAACAUCUCCUAGCAGUGCGCUCACAAACCCCAAGGCUGAACUGGAAUGGUAUCAGACGAAAUUUGACUCUUUGAGCGGCAGCAAUGAUGCAUUAAAUGAGAAAAUGAUUGAGUGCGCCUCCACGAUAGAGACCUUGACCGUGAAAACGCAAACGCUAGAUAUUCUGCUUCAGGAAGCCAAUUCCAAAAAUAAACUGCUUGAAGCUCGUGAAACAGUUGAUGAUGUCAAUAAACUUACCGGCGCUCUAGAGACUGAACUUGCUACAAGUAGAACGCGGCUGACUGAUACAAGUCGUGAACUUGAAAUUUCCUCUAACACAAUUAGGCAGUACCAAUCUGAAAUAAAGGUUCUCAACGAAAGACAAUCCGAACUUGAAAAUGAAAACAAGCAUUUAAGAGAUGAAAUUGCAAUCUUGAGGGAUGAGCUGACACAUAAUGGAGGUGAAUUUGAGAGGGAGAAAGAAGCAUUGAUGAAAAAAUUAUCAAAUCUUGAGAUUAGACAAGCUGAAUUAACGAAGUUAGAGGAAGAUUAUACUGCAGAAAUUGAAAAACUGAAACUCGACUUGGACAAACAAGCAAUGCUCGGCAAGGAGAUCAAAUUAGCACACGACGAAGAAGUAAGAGAGGUACAAAACCGAAAUACUGAAACUUACAGGAAUGAAUUAGAAUUAGUUGAAAUACGUCAAACGAAGGUCUUUGUAGAAAAGGAGAAAGAAUUGGAGUCCCGUAUUAAAAUACUAAACGAACAGAUCGAAUUGGACAAAGAGAGGAUGAAGCAAUUUAGUGACGAAGAAUCGCUGCUCCGUGAACAAGUUAAACUACUGGCAGAUGAAAAAGCAAGUGAUCUUGUGGAUGCAGGUGUCUCCCCUGAAUAUACAGAUUUGGUGAGGAAACUUUCUGACGAAAAGAAAAAUCUCGAGUCAAAACUGUUUGCUUCACAAUCAGAAAAGAACAGGCUUCGUGAACAGCUAACUAAAACCGAAUCUGAAAUAGCAGUUCUGAAUAUGAAUUAUGAGCAAGCCAAAAAAGAGGUUGCUGCAGAGGUAAACAACGAGAGCGGACGUGCUGAAGAGCAUAUAGCGCAAUUAGAGUCACUAAAAGAAAGCAACAUGUCUUUAACUAAUGAGGUCAAACUAGCGCAAAUGAGGAAUGGUGAAAUUAUAGCCGAAUUGAAUGAGCUCAAAACUAAAUUCAAGUCUGUUGAAUCUCAGUUGGACGAAGCAAGAAAUGUCUUGUCAUCAAAGGAUAUGAAACUGAUGGAACUGCAAACGGAGUGUUCUCGUUUGAAAGCAACCUCUCAUGAUAUGCCUCAGAACGGUAAUAAAGACAGUAGUUCUGAAUUGGUUGGGGCAUUGCAAAGCAGUGUAGCCACGUUAACGGAGCAAGUGGACAACUUAAAGCAUGCAAAUACAGAACUCGAGGAUAGGUUUGGUAGAUUGAAGAGACAGGCUCGUGAAAGACUCGACGCUUCAAAAGUCACCAUCAAUUCUCUAAGGGACAAUGUCGAAACCCUGACAAAGGACAAGACAGCUUUGCAAGACGUGAUAGAAAGAAGUAAAGAUGAGCUAAACGAAUUACGCGCUAAAAUACAGGAACAUAUCGAGACGUCGGCAGUUAUGAAAGAGUUGAAGACUGAAUUAGCAGCGGUCAUGUCGAAAAAUAAAGAUAUCGAAGCGGAAUUGAAUGAGACGUCAAAAUCAUCCAACCAAUUGACAACAGCGUUGAACGAAGAGAUCGAAUCGUUGAAACACGAGGUACAAUAUCUGAAAGAGGCAUCCUCGGCAGAACCGCAGGGAAAUGAGGAAAUGUCUGGUGUUGUUGAAUCGAUGAGGAAAGCGUUUGAGGAUGAGAAAAUAGCCUUUAUGAAGGCCACAUCGGAAGAUUCUGAGGCAAGAUUAGCUGAAGAGAGGGGCAAACUUAAAAGAGAAAUGGAAGCUCUCGAAAAGGAGAAAGAUUCUCUAGUCAUGGAAAAGACACGUUUGGGCGAGGAAAACACUGCUUUGAUGAAGGCUAGAUCUGACGUACCGGACAUUGAGACCUUGCAAAAGCAAUGGGAAGCCAGUAACAAAGAGAGGCUGGUGUUGUUGUACAAGGAAAAGAGUGAUCAAAUGAUGCGGGCGAAGAUGGACGAACUGGAAGAACAGUUUCAAAACAGAGUUAGGAACAAGGAGAAAGAACUUAAUGCUUUGAAAGAUGAAAUCGAAGAAAAAUGCAAGACCGGGCAUGAGGACACACUUAUUGCUGUAAAGAAGCGUGCCUUUGAAGAGGGCAAGCAACAGGCGACCAUGAAAAUGAGUAUUCUCGAGCGGAAAAUUGCCAAACUGGAGGCUGAAAGCAAGGCAACCAAAAGUGGCAGCGACAUGUCCGUCUCGGAGGAUGCCCCCAGGUUCGUAACGCCGAAUAACAACAAAGUUCAACAAGCAAACCAACCGUUCCUCGCAACGGCGGGUUCUGGUUUUUCUGUCCAGUCCAGCGAAAGUAAUCCGUUCACGACACCUGUAUCGAGGGGUGCUGCGCACACAAAUGCGUCCUCGCAGUCCAAGUUUGCCCCUACGUUUCUGCUGAACAGCCAACCGCCAGUGUUAGUGUCUGGGUCAUCAGAUGAGGACAACGAUACUAUGCGUGGCACUUCUGUGGACGAGGACGCUGGGACGGCUGUCCCAUCACUGAAUGAGAACAAUAAACGUCCCGGCGAGGGUGAGUCCAAUCUGAAAUCCCCGUCGAAGAAAACGCGGUCUGUGAGCGAAGAAUCCAGUGGAGACAGUACUGGGGACAUCUCGGAUGAGUGA